CCCGCCAUUGACAACCGUCAAUCUGCCACUGCUACGAAACCCAAAUGGCUUUGGCUUCUCGUCACCCUUCGUUUCUCCCUCCCACGACAUUCCUCCUCUCCAAAUGGCCGAAAGGAUCUCAUCCUCCGAAGCCGUUCUUGCUCAGAGUCGCUUCUUCCUCUUCGAACCCACCCAGUUCCGAAUCUCCCUCCGAAUCCGCGGCUCCGGUGGACCCUGUUAAGCUCGCCUUUGAGAAAGCUAGGGCGUACAAGAAGUCGCUGCCACCGAAGCACGAGAGUGAAUUGGAGGCAAGCGUGGUCGGGAGCCCUAGCGAUGCGAAUAGGCGCGACGAUUCUGCUGAUGCCGGUAAAAUCGUAAUGGCCAAGGCCAAAGAGUAUGUCUUGGAAAGUGACGCUAAUUCAGGCUUAAAAGGUAAAAAUGGAGGGAAAAUUGGUAAAGCAAAUUCGAAGGAAAAAAUGAAUAAGGAACAGCAGCUGGUGGUUUCGAGCAUGGACUUUGUGGGGCUUGACUUUGCGGACAAGAAAAGGACCAGGGGGCUUCCACCUGGUUUAAUUCCAUUGAGUGACCCUUUUCCAAAAGGAAACAUGCCUGAGGUGGAAAUCAUUCUUGGGGACACCACCAACUUUGAUGAUGAGAUGGCGACGAAGCCUGCCGUCGCACCACCCCAAGAAGAUAAUUCGGAUCUUUACAAACCCAAAGUUUCGUCUUGGGGUGUCUUCCCAAGGCCAAGCAACAUAUCCGAGAAGUUUGGAGGUGGAAGGACCAUUCGCCCAGGCGAAGUUCUGGAAACAGCUGAAGAUAGGGCUGCCAAAGAUGCACAUACGAGAGAACUUGUUGCUGCUUACAAUAGAAAAAUGGGCUUAAAUAUAGAUGCAAAGUUGAAAUCCGAGUGUGAGAAGGCACUGAAGGAUGGUGACUCUCUCAUGGAUGUUGGAAAACUUACGGAAGCGUUACCAUUUUAUGAAGAGGUCAUGAAUAAGAUGCCAUUUCAGAGUGAACUUCAUGGAGUAGCUGCAUUGCAGUGGUCCAUCUGCCAGGAUUCACUUACCAGACCAAAUGUGGCUCGGACGAUGUAUGAGAAGCUUCAAUCUCAUCCAAAUGGUAAAGUCAGCAAGAGAGCUACGCAAUUCAUGUUCAGCUUCCAGGCCAUGGAGAAGAUGAAGGUAAGAAGGCCGAAGCUCUCCGCAGAGGGCACAGGCUACCAAAACUACUUCGAGGCCUUUAUUGAAGACAAAAGCAACUAUCGUCUUGACAUGGAUGAAGAUCUCGAAGAAGGUGCACUCUCUCAAGCCUUUCCGUACAUAGUCUUUCUUCUCUCACCCAUUUUUGUUGUGCUAUUUAUUGCUGUCCAAAGAGGAAUAUAGUCCAUUGAAGAUCAUAUGGUUACAUUCUUGUUCUGUUUUCCCCUUUUCUUGUUUUGGAGUUCCAAUGUAGAUUAAUCAUCGGAGUUGUUAGUAUUACCUGGAUCAUUGUUCUUACCAACCUCUCUGGAGUUACACAUAAGAGAACUGGGAAGCACUUUUUACUGA